AUGUCUAAUUUUUGGAAAGAAAUACAGAACUAUUCAGGAUGCACAGAUUUCGAAUAAUUGCAAUAGUAUCUCAACAUAAUCUACAAAUUUGAAAUCAAAUUGGAAGACUUCCAAGCCAUACAUCCAGUAUAUUUAGCCAAAUUAUUACAUUUACACUAAUUAGCGAUAUAAUAUUAUGAACACUCCACUGAAGAAUUGACAGAGUAUGACAAGUACAUAGCGAAGUCAACCAUAGACAUUUCCGAAGAAAUCCAACAAAUAGAGAGGAGACUCCUACAGAGCAAGGUCAAUGUCAAGGCAGCUUAAAAAAAAUUGGCAUUAGAAUUGAGUCAAAAAGAUAAAUUCAUGCAGAAGAUCGUAAACACCCAAUUAAUCCAAUGUCUGUAUUGUGACAAAGUAGUCACGACUGACUCCUAAUUUGAUUUGCAUAUGCAAUAAUAUCACAAAAGAGAAUUUAACAAAAAAGAAGUCAACAUCGUCAAUCAAGCCAUGCAGAAUCAAUUAUUGACAUAGCAAUUAAGUAAUAAAAUUAUCUAAUAAAAUCAACAAAACUACUUAGCCUUAAACUAUCAACUUCUUUAAUUCACAAAAGAAUAACUCUCAAGAGAAACCACUGACUUUCUUUAAAAUACAAUGCAGGUCACUUAAAAAAUUAACAACAUAGAUUAAACAUACAUCAAUAAAAUUAAAAGUUUGGAAGAAGCAAUUUAAAAUAAAUUAAAAUUGAUCUAACUCAAUGCUGAAAAAGAAGAAUAAAUUAGGGAAUAAUAAGUGAAAGAUAAAGUUGCAUCAUUGGAAGAAAAAAUUUAAUAAGAGUUUGAAAAAUCAAGAUUUCAAUUCAUGAGAGCAAGAUCAUAAAAUAAAAUGAAGACAAAUACAUUCGUACAGAGAUCAUAGGAAAAUCCACCCAAUAAUUCAUAAAUCCCUCAUUCUGCCAUCUUUCAAUCAUAACCAGGAUUCCACAGAGGAUAAACCACCAUGAAUAUCGCCAGUCUUGCUAAUAUCGAAUAAGAUGAGUUAAUAGGAGAUGAUGAAAACCAAAAAUCCAACUUGCUACAAUUCAAAAAACAAAAUAUACAAGGUUCAGACUAAGAAUCACCUCAAAUUGACCAAUCUUAAUAGUUAUCUGAAUCAAUAUAAGCAAGCUAGGGAUUAUUAAUUAAACCACCCCCAGAGAUCUAGUAAUAAUAGUCGAAAUUCUCUAAGCCCGCUCAGAAGAAUAGUUCAGAAUCUGAAGGAGAAUAAUAGAUUGGCAAUAAUAAUGCAUAUCAUUUUGACAAUGAUGAUAAUAUCGAUUAUGUAGCAUAAAGCCUGGAAACCUUUCGUAAUGCAAUUGAGAGCUAGUAAAACAUGCUAUUUGAAUUGUUGUUAAAUCGAAGUAGGGGCUUAAGACCCACGUGCACAGAACUAUAAAAGUAAUAUUAUAGAAAAAUUUUGGAGAAAAAUAUCGAAUAAGAUAUCAAAGGAAUCGAGUAGAAUGAUGUUAAGACUUUAAAGAAGAAAUACGAUGAAUUAAAUAAACAAUUAAAGGAUUAAUAGACAGAUGUUGAAGAGAAAUUAUAAUUAUACUCAUUUAAUGAAGAGUCUCGUAGUCCAGAGGAAGUCGAUUCGAGAAGGGCUACGCAAUUUUUAAAUAUUAGAUCAAGAAGAAAUACUGAGAAGCAUAUUAGGAAUUUAUCUUAAAAAUGA